AUGUUUCGGCGAGCUCCUCUCCACUGGACCGGGUCACUCGUUGUCCUUGGCCUCCUUGCCGGAGUGGCCUGCCCCAUCCCCAUAGCCAGGACUGCGAGAGGGGGUCUGGGCGAGAGAUGGGACACGCUCCUCUCCAGAUCCUUGCAUCCGAUCUCUGGGAGGAAACUGGACCUCGGCUGGGACAAGGACUAUUUCAGAGGAAUCAAGAGAGUGAGGAGGCUAUAUUGCAACGGCGGCAUCGGGUUUCACCUGCAGAUCACAUCCGAUGGGCAAAUUUGUGGAGCUCACUCUGAAAACGAGUACAGUCUCUUAAUGAUAUCUACAGUUGAGUUGGGAGUGGUUAGUUUAUACGGUGUGAAAACGCAUGCCUUUGUGGCGAUGAAUAGCAAAGGUCGACUGUAUGCAUCGAAGGACUUCAGCAGUGAAUGCGAAUUUAAAGAAAGACUCUUGCCGAACCGCUACAACGUGUACGAAUCGAAGAGUUACCCGGGGAUGUACAUAGCGUUGAGUAAACACGGAAGACCCAAGAGAGGAAGCAAAGUUUCACCCACAUUGAGAGUCACGCAUUUUUUACCUAGAUUAUAAAAAAUUAUUUUUUUUCACAAGACAAAAUCUUCAUGGAAAUAGCAUUGCGGAAGAGUAUAUAUGUACAGGACAUUUCUCGUCUAACGUUAACUUAUUAACUGAUAUGGAAACAGCAUUACCUGUAAAUAGGUACUACUUUUUAUAGUUAUUUUGACAUUAAUGCUGCUUUUUAAAGUAAGUGUGACUCUGGGCAUGCGUGAAGGAUACUAUCCAUUGUGGUCAGAUUGUGUUCUCAGCGAGACCAGAAUACUCUUUAGUUAAAAGGCCAGUUACCAGUUGCAGUAGGAUCUGUUUCCUAAAUUCUGCAAAAUGUCGGUGGCAUGGUGGUGCAGCGGUAGAGUUGCUGCCUCACAGCGCCAGAGACCCGGGUUUCAUCCUGACCACGGGUGCUGUCGGCACGGAGUUUGCACGUUCUCCCCGUGAC